AUGUCAUACGACGAUAUUGAAAAUGCUACACCAGAUAUUGUGAUUGGUGGCUCUGCUGAAGAUCAUGAACUUGACGUUCAUUACGAACAUGAUGUUGAAAGUGAUAAUGAACAUGUCGAAGAGCCGCAAGAAGCAAGCAAAGAAAAGAAAUCAGUGGCGUUUGCUGGAUUAGAUGACGAGUUUGAUGAAGAAACAGCCAGAAGAGAAUUCGAAGAAGGAGGAGGAUUACCAGAGCAACCAGCCAACCCAGACUUUUCAGAAUUGACACCUUUGUCGGCCGAGAUUAUCAAUAGACAAGCCACCAUUAACAUUGGUACUAUUGGUCAUGUUGCGCACGGUAAGUCUACAGUUGUGAGGGCCAUUUCAGGGGUCCAAACUGUUCGUUUCAAGGAUGAAUUGGAAAGAAAUAUUACUAUUAAGUUAGGGUAUGCUAAUGCUAAGAUUUACAAGUGUGACAAUGAAGAAUGUCCCGAACCAGAUUGUUAUAGAUCAUUCAAAUCUGAUAAAGAAAUAAGACCAAAGUGUCAAAGAGAAGGUUGUGAAGGUCGUUACAAAUUGGUCAGACAUGUGUCGUUCGUCGAUUGUCCAGGUCACGAUAUUUUGAUGAGUACUAUGUUGUCGGGUGCAGCUGUUAUGGAUGCUGCCUUGUUAUUAGUUGCAGGUAAUGAAAGUUGUCCACAACCACAAACAUCUGAGCAUUUAGCUGCCAUUGAAAUUAUGAAAUUGAAGCAUGUGAUCAUCUUACAAAAUAAGGUUGAUUUAAUGAGAGAAGAAUCUGCUUUAGAGCAUCAAAAGUCCAUUUUGAGUUUCAUCAGAGGUACUAUUGCUGAUGGUGCUCCAAUUGUUCCAAUUUCUGCUCAAUUAAAAUAUAAUAUUGAUGCUGUCAAUCAAUUUAUUGUUAAUUCUAUUCCAAUUCCGCCAAGAGACUUCAUGGCUACUCCAAGAUUGAUCGUUAUUAGAUCAUUCGAUGUUAAUAAACCAGGUGCUGAAAUUGAUGACUUGAAGGGUGGUGUUGCUGGUGGUUCUAUCUUGAACGGUGUUUUUAAGAUCGGUGAUGAAAUCGAAAUCAGACCGGGUAUCGUUACUAAGGACGAUAACGGUAAAAUUCAAUGUAAGCCAAUUUUCUCCAAUAUUGUAUCGUUAUUUGCUGAACAUAAUGAUUUGAAAUUUGCUGUUCCUGGUGGUUUAAUUGGGGUUGGUACUAAGGUUGAUCCUACUUUAUGUAGAGCUGACAGAUUGGUCGGUCAAGUUGUUGGUGCUAAAGGUAAUUUACCAUCUAUUUACACUGAUAUUGAAAUUAAUUACUUCUUAUUAAGAAGAUUAUUAGGUGUUAAGACUGACGGUCAAAAACAAGGUGCGAAGGUUCGUAAGUUAGAAGUUGGUGAAGUUUUGAUGGUUAAUAUUGGUUCUACCGCAACCGGUGCUAGAGUCAUCGCUGUCAGAGCUGAUAUGGCUCGUUUACAAUUAACCUCUCCAGCUUGUACUGAAGUUGAUGAAAAGAUUGCUUUAUCUAGACGUAUUGAAAAGCAUUGGCGUUUAAUUGGUUGGGCUACUAUUAAGAAAGGUACCACUUUGGAACCUGUUGCAUAA